AUGCUAGAAUCUCCAGACUCCCCAGUCGUCGUAUGGUCCCGUCCACCGUCCCUCAGAUCCUUGAGAACCGGAAAAAGGGUGGUACCCGGACAAUACGUGCUGGAUGAGCCGGAUACUCUUUGUGUGCUUCCAUCAUCGAUGAGAUUAGUCUGCUGUAUGCUCACUCUUCUUUUGAUAUGCUCUCUAAUCGCCGCGAUUUUGAAUAGUCUACAAGGAAGCUCGAAUGGAAGUGUUAGUUACUGUAAGAGGCCCGAGGAACCGUUUCGGCCGGAUAUAUUACUAGCUAUCGUCUGUGUGGUGUUAUCUUGCCUUCUCGGAAUAUCUUACUCAUUUUUCCGCUAUUUCUGCCGGCAUUGCCAUCUUUCACACUGGAAACCAACACGCCUCCGAUCGGAUGUCUGA